CCACACACACCGUAUUUAUUUCAAAGUUAAUUUUCUCUCUCUUCACCAAAGAAAUCUGGAAAACUCUCUCAUUCUCAAAUAAACCCUAGCCGCCGCCUCCUCCCUCCUUCAGUGUCUCCGGCGGUCUUUACAUUGCUCCACCAUCUUCAUUUUUGAAAAUCCAUCACCAUAAAAAGAGUCCCCUCCAUCUUCUCUACAAAACCCAUUUAAAAAUAUCAGGAACGGACAACCUUCGCCGGUGACCACCACCCCGGAGCUUGCAACCACCGCGCCGGGAAAGAGCUUACGUGUUUUCAUCCCAAUCUUGAGGAGAUGGAGAAAGCAAGAGUUGAAACUGAACCUGAAUCAUUAGAGGGUGGUUUGAAAGCUAAUACUUGUGAGGAAUGUGGUGCUAGUUUUAAAAAACAUGCUUAUUUGCUGCAGCAUAUGCAAAGCCAUUCCCUUGAGAGGCCAUUUGUAUGUAGCCUUGAAAAUUGUAAGGCGAGCUACAGAAGAAAGGAUCAUCUGAAUCGUCACCUUCUACAACAUCAAGGGAAAACUUUUAAAUGUCCUAUUGAGAAUUGCAAAAGUGGCUUCUCAUUGCAAAGCAAUUUGAAAAGACAUGUUGAAGAGAUGCAUGAUGAGAAUUCUACCCCUCCUUGUAGUGGUGAAAAUCAGAAGCAGUUUGUAUGUCCUGAAAUUGGCUGUGGUAAGGUUUUCAGAUAUGCAUCACAACUACAGAAGCAUGAAGAUUCUCAUGUUAGGCUUGAAACAAUUGAAGUGGUGUGCUUAGAGCCCGGUUGCAUGAAAUUUUUCACCAAUUCCGAGUGCCUUAAAGCUCAUGUUAAAUCCUGCCAUCAAUAUGUGACCUGUGACACUUGUGGGACUAAGCAACUGAAGAAGAACAUGAAGAGGCAUCUCCGCACACACGAAGCCAGCAAUUCAUCCGAAGCAUUUAAAUGUGAAUUUGAGGGUUGUGACAGCACGUUCUCAACUAAAUCUAAUCUUCAUAAGCAUGAGAAGGCUGUACACUUUCAAGUAAAGCCGUUUGUGUGUGGAUUUCCUAAUUGUGGAAUGAGAUUUGCUUACAAACACGUGAGAGAUAAUCAUGAAAAGACUGCAAAACAUGCUUUUGCCCUUGGUGAUUUUGAAGAAGCUGAUGAAGAAUUCAGGUCAAGGCCAAGGGGAGGGGCGAAGAGAAAAUGUCCUCCCACAGUAGAAAUGUUGGUUAGGAAGAGAGUUGCCCCACCUAGUCAAUUAGAGAACUUGCUAUUUGUGCAGGAUUGUCAGUAAGAUGGAUCAUACUUCUCUCUCUAGGCUAAAAGUUAUGUGGUGAUCUGGUUUGGUUGAUUGUAUUGCGUAGAGAUUAUAUAUUUAGGAUUAUGAUCAGUAUUUCACUUAAGAUAAAUGUAUAAUUAUGAAUGAUUGGUCUUUUUUUUUUAUUUUAUUUUAAUAUAUAAAUGAGGAAUUAUGAUUGACAGUUA